AUGCCCGCUGCCCCUAAGCAGAGAAAGAUCGCCAUCGUCGGUAGCCGCUCCGUCGUUUGCGCUGCCCUAGGAAAAUCCUCUCUCACCGUUCGCUUUGUGGAGCACCAUUUUGUUGAAAGCUACUACCCAACCAUCGAGAAUACUUUUAGUCGGAUCAUUAAGUACAAUGGCCAGGACUAUGCAACUGAGAUAGUGGAUACUGCUGGACAGGUUGGCCUACACACGGACUCGAACUGCCAGAAGGGCCGACUAACUUCCCAACAGGACGAAUACAGCAUCUUAAAUUCCAAGCAUUUUAUUGGUAUUCAUGGGUAUAUCAUUGUGUACUCGGUCACGUCACGCCAGUCAUUUGAGAUGGUGAAGGUCAUUCGAGACAAGAUUUUGAAUCACUUGGGAGCGGACGAGGUGCCUCUGGUUGUAGUCGGCAAUAAGAGCGAUUUGAAGCCAGAGCAGCGACAAGUCUCUCUUGAUGAAGCCCGUCAACUAGCAGAGGAAGUUAACUGCGCAUUCACCGAGGCCAGCGCCUUCCUCGAUUUCAAUGUGACUAAGGCAUUCGAGCUUAUGAUCGGUGAAAUAGAAAAAUCCCAGAACCCGAAUCAGCCCACAGGCGGAAACAAAUGCGCUCUUAUGUGA